GAUUCUCUGAAUAGUGUCUAAUGCACGGUAAAACGGUAACACGCGUUGUUUUAGUGAAACACCCGUACGAUUGACCAAAGUUAAUUCCUCUCAAUGAGAAUUUACGAUCAAACCACUCAGCUACACGCUGGCAUCAUAAUUAAACCUUCAUAACCUAAAAAAUAUGUUGGCAUGCACUCUGCAAAGUCACCGUACUAUAAUCUACCCCCGAGUAUAGCCAGAGUUGCGUAAAUUUUUGGUAGAAUAUUCUAAAAUCUUGUGCUAAAUUGUGUUCGAAAUGGCCGACAAGUUAGAACGUCUUAGGAUAUACUUUAUCACGUGGAAUGUGGCAACUAGACAUCCUGAACAAGAUUUACAUCAACUUGUCAAUGUUAAUGAUAAUAAUGCUUCUAAAUCAAUGCCAGACUUUUAUUUUAUUGGUUUACAGGAAGUCAAAGCCCAACCACAAAACAUAGUGUUAGACAUGAUUUUUGAAGAUCCAUGGACUAAAUCUUUUAGGGAACUAUUAAAAAAGCAUGAUUAUGUGAAAGUACGUAUGCAACGGUUACAGGGUCUGGUUUUAAAUGCUUUUUGUUUACGGAAACAUAUUACACACUUGAGAUCAAUGGAAGCUCAGUAUACAAAGACAGGAUUUGGGGGCAUGUGGGGCAACAAAGGUGCAGUUAGUAUAAGAUUAAACAUAUAUGGAGUUAGUAUGUGUAUUAUGAAUACACAUCUGACACCUCAUGAUCAUUUGUUGGCAGACAGAAUAUCAGAUUAUAAUACAAUACUCACAAACCAUAGCUUUAGUACUCCAGAUACUUCAAAAAUAUUAUAUCAUGACUAUGUAUUUUGGAUCGGUGAUUUAAAUUUUCGAUUACACGGGGAUGAUUUAACUGCCACAGAUAUUGAUGUACUGGUUAAAAAGAAGCAGUUGAAAUGUUUACUUGACAGAGAUCAGUUAAAACGGGUGAUGGAAACGGGCGAAGCUUUUGCGGAAUUGAAUGAAAAUGUUAUUACAUUUCCACCUACUUACAAAUAUGAAUUUGCUUCUCAAGAAUUUGAUCUCAAACGUAGACCCUCGUGGACUGAUAGAAUUUUGUACAAAGUAAAUGCUGACGUAUAUGACGAUGUAAAGCUAAGCGCUAUUCAGCAUAAUUACAAAAGUCAUUUCAAUUACAUACAAUCGGAUCAUAAACCUGUCACAGGAGAGUUUGAUAUCGUCGUCAGGCCUGGAGUGGCAGAUCAUGGUGUGGAGUUCCAACCGGUAACUCAGUGGUUCAUAGAUGAAGAGAAUUCUGUAUCAUAUAGACUAUUGGGAGAUGCUAAACCAGCUAGUUGUGACUGGGUUGGCCUUUUCCAUAACGAAUUUUCUAGCUUGGACGAAUAUAUCGUUUACGAAUAUGUAGGUCGAGGCAAAUCGUCUCCAGUUCCUUUUGAACCUCAUGCGAUUACAGAACGAAUUUACUUCAGUGAUACAGCCGUACGUUUGCCAGGUAUGUAUCGGCUGGUUUACGUUGCUCAACGAGGAAAUCUGAUUGGAAUUUUAGGUGUUAGUCCACCAUUUCCAGGUCACCACAGACCUACCUGA